AUGACAACAAUCACUCUUCCUCCACCAAACGCGAGAUAUCAAUUCAGUAUCUUGCCUGAGAUUUUCAAGCAAGGGCUUCCUGAUACCGAUGCUGAUACUUUCGAUUACGCGAAGGAAAACUUCGGUCUCAUACCUCGCGUCUACCCUUCUGAUGAAACACUACAAGAUGUGGAGAGCAAAACUCCAUGGCAAAGAUUCGAGCAUUAUGUCAAAACUUUGAAUGGGAAUGCCGAAGAAGGCACCGAGUACAAAGUCCUCUAUCUCGGAAGACAUGGCCAGGGUUACCAUAACGUCGCCGAAUCCAGAUAUGGCACCAAACUCUGGGAUGACUACUGGGCCCGUCAAGAAGGCGACGAACACGCCCACUGGGCCGAUGCCCAUCUAACCGAGAUAGGCGAACAACAAGCUCUUGACGUAAACACAUUCUGGCGCACCGCCCUUGCAGACGCAAAAGUCCCCGCCCCGGAAACUUACUACACUUCCCCCUUCUACCGCUGCUUGCAAACCGCCUCCUUAUCCUUUUCCUCCCUCGACUUACCCGCAGAUCGACCUUUCGUCCCCGUAGUCAAGGAAUUGUUGAGGGAGACCAAUGGCGUGCACACCUGUGACCGUAGAGGUGCUUCCUCCAUCAUCAGGAAAGAUUUCCCCAUGUAUGUGUUGGAGAAGGGACUUCCAGAGACUGAUGUUUCAUGGACGCCUGAUCGCCGCGAAACUCCUGUGGAACAUAUUUUGCGCGAACAUGUUUUGCUGGAACAGGUGUUUGCUGAGGAUGAGCAUGAGUUUAUCAGUUUCACGGCACAUUCGGGGACGAUUGCUGCGGUGCUCGGGGCGGUGGGGCAUAGGAGGUUUGCGCUGCCUACUGGUGGUGUGAUUCCUAUUGUUGUCAAAGGGGAGAAAUUG